AUGUUCAGUAAACUCACCACCAAGAUUGCUCUUCGAAAAGCAGGUCUCCCAUCAAACACUCUCUCCAGCUUUUCAAUCACAAAUCUCGAUAAUGGCGACCAGAAAUCCAUCAAUCCCAAGUCUGGAAACAACAAUGCCACAUGGGGAGAUACUUUCUCAAAUAUGACUUCAGAUGUCAAUGUCCCAAAGAGUUGGAAAUCAUGGGGAAACCCACCACCGGCGAUAGCAGAAGUUGCUCCUGCACCGAUGGUGGGAACGAAGGCGCCAAGCACAGGGAAAUUGAUAUUACCCAUGGGGGAUGGGAAGGCUUGCGUGCUCGUAUUUUUGAGGUGCUGUGGAUGUGCUUUUGCAGAAAAAACCUUCAUCGAAUUCCGUCGCUUAGCGAAUAAACAUCAGAACCUACAUUUCAUUGCCAUAUCUCACAAUUCCAAGGAAGCAACGGAUAAAUGGGUGCAGCAAGUCGGGGGAGCAUGGGCAGUUCAAGUAGUCGUCGAUGAAGAUCGGGGAAUCUAUGCCAAUUGGGGGUUGGGAGUAAGCACGACGUGGCAUUUGCUGAAUCCAUGGACCGAGAUUGCACGACAGAAGCUGGGGAAACAGGAGGGGAAUUGGGGAAGAGAGGUUGAUCCGAGUGGGAAUCGAUGGGUGGUGGGUGGAAGCUGGGCCACAGAUGAGAUGGGGACCAUUAAAUGGGGUGGUGCGAGUAAGAGUGCUGACGAGAUACCCGAUCUGGUAGAGGCCUGUAAGAGUGUGGGUGUUUCGUGA